AUGCACUUCGACGUCACUUACGACCCCCAGCGCUCAUUCGGCACACGCCUCGAGAACGGCACGUUCACCGGUGUCAUUGGACUCCUUCAGAGAGGGGAGGCGGACCUGGCCGCUUGCCCGGUGUUCUUGCUAUCCGACCGCGCAGAGGUGGUGAACUACGCACCGGUCACAUACACCAGCAACUGCGCGAUCAUCGCUGUUGCAGGAGAGCCUUCUGUGAACGCGUUCGGGUACCUAUGUGUCUUCGACUGGCAGGCAUGGGCCCUUAUUAUCGCCUCGGUUCCGCUGAUGUCCGCGGCUCUUGCACUCAUCGAAAAGCGGAGGCCUCGAAGUGGGAACGGCUUCGCCCUGGAGGCCUACGACAACAUCUGGGACAUCCUAUCCUCCUUCGCCUACAAAGGACAUACGGCAAACACAGAGAGCUACGCUGGCCGGGUACUGCUGUCGUUCUGGUGGCUCAUAGUGCUGGUGCUCACAAACGAAUUCGCCGGUAACCUCAUGGCCAGCAUUGCCAUAAAGAGCGAGCCGCCAAGAUUCCGUUCGGUGGAAGACAUCGCGUACCAGACAUCCAUACGACCACUCAUCUGGAAGGACACAGGGUUUGAUACAUACGUGCGGACGUCGCCAAGACCAUUGCUUCGCGCACUGACCAAGCUGGCGACUCGCACAAGUGGAUUCGUGACCCUGUCAGAACUGUACUCCGAAUCUUCUCUGGAGCAGCUGUACAGCGGCAGCGCUGUCUUGAUCAACGACCGAGAUGGGAGCAUGACCACCCUGGCCACGAAAUGUCGGCUCACCGGUGGGAGGUUGUACGUGGCGCCCGAGUACCUGUUCACGAUUUUCAGCACCGUCGCGUACUCCAAGCGGUUGCCGGCCGACCUGCAGGAGAGGAUUCAAGCAAAGUACGCUUUCAGGCCAAGCUGUCGGCUCUCUGACAUUCUCCUCUGGCACACCGCACGUUGGUACGACGAGGGGGUGAAGGCGUGGCAUUUCUGCCAGGACAUGCAGCGGUCCGGUGCCUCCAAAGCCGGCGUGCUGUCCUUCGAGGAACUGAGCUACGACGACAUGGCGGCCAUAUUCGUCCUGUGGGGCAUCAUGGUGGCCUUCUCUCUCGUCGUCUUCGUGCUAGAGACGUGCUUUCACAAGAUGGGGACCGAGCACUACUGCAGGUUCCCGCGCAUCAAGUACCCAAGGUUUCCACACAAGCAAUUCACUAGAUGGCAGAGCAAGCGGUUGGGAAGCAAGCAUGGCGAGCUGCAGCCGCUCGCUCAGCCUUUCACGUUGUCGGGGGCCCGCAGAGGCCCGUCGCCGGAGCCCUUCACCGACAGGUAA